GGUUGCGUCGUCUCGUCCAGCUCCUCUUCCUCGGGUCAGGCGGCAGCACGCCAGCACCUAAUCUUCGUCGUCUAUAAAGCGCCACUCCGCGCCGCAGUGGCAACGGCGCCACCGAAGCCAGACCACGCUACUCUCCACUCCACUCAACUCUUCCCUCACGCAGACCCGCGCAUCCAUCGGCCUCGCCUCGGGCUCCAUCUGAUCCACGGAUUCUGUUCCCGAGUCGUACGUGAUCCCGCCGAAGCGUGAGCUCGAGCAACAGCCACGCAGGCAGGAACCAGGAUGGUGACCAAGGUGGUGGACCUCCGCUCCGACACGGUCACCAAGCCAUCGGAAGCCAUGCGUGCCGCCAUGGCCGCCGCGGAGGUGGACGACGACGUGCUGGGCGCGGACCCGACCGCGCAGCGCUUCGAGGCGGAGAUGGCCAGGAUCAUGGGCAAGGAGGCGGCCCUGUUCGUGCCCUCGGGCACCAUGGGCAACCUUGUCUCCGUCCUCGCGCACUGCGACACCAGGGGCAGCGAGGUCAUCCUCGGGGACAACUCCCACAUCCACAUCUACGAGAACGGCGGCAUCUCCACCCUCGGCGGCGUCCACCCCAAGACCGUGCCCAACAACCCCGACGGCACCAUGGACGUCCACAAGAUCGUCGCUGCCAUCAGGCACCGGGACGGGGCCAUGUAUUAUCCCACCACCAGGCUCAUCUGCCUCGAGAACACGCAUGGAAAUUCUGGUGGGAAAUGUAUAUCUGUAGAGUACACCGACAAGGUUGGUGAAGUUGCUAAAACCCAUGGCUUGAAGCUUCAUAUCGACGGAGCUCGGAUUUUUAACGCCUCCGUGGCACUUGGAGUUCCUGUUCAUAGACUUGUGAGAGCUGCUGAUUCAGUUUCGGUGUGCCUAUCCAAAGGUUUAGGUGCUCCUGUUGGAUCAGUAAUUGUUGGUUCCAAGGCCUUCAUAUACAAGGCCAAAAUUCUUAGGAAGACAUUAGGUGGUGGAAUGAGGCAGGUAGGAAUUCUCUGUGCUGCUGCCUAUGUUGCGGUUCGCGACACCGUAGGCAAGCUCGCCGAUGACCAUAGGAAGGCCAAAGUUUUAGCAGAUGGACUGAAGAAAAUUAAACAGUUUACAGUUGAUUUAGCUUCAGUGGAGACCAAUAUGGUAUUCUUUGAUAUCGCGGAUCCAUGCAUAACACCUGACAAACUGUGUCAAGUCCUGGAACAGCGCAAUGUGCUUGCAAUGCCAGCAAGCUCCAAGAGCGUCAGACUUGUCACUCACUACCAAAUUUCAGACAGUGACGUCCAGUAUACUUUGACAUGUAUCGAGAAAGCCGUGGAGGAAAUCCUGUCAGGCAAUGCUAAAUUCGAGCACCUGACAAACGGCACCACCACCAACUCGUAUGGGCACUAGGCCACGGCACCUCCUUUAGAGCCCACCUAUGGCUAUGGGCUAUGGACGGACUGCGGCAUCCGAGCAGCUUGUUUGUGGCCGUGGGCUUUGUAGUACCAGUAACAACUUUGCAGAAUAAUGUGUGGCGUUUGGGCCGCCGGAAGGCCCCUGAAUGUAAUGCAAUGUCGGGUUUUGAUUA